CACACGGGCGAGAGGCCGUACGCAUGCGCCUGCGGCACGCGCUUCGCGCAGAGUUCGGCGCUGGCCAAGCACCGACGCGUGCACACGGGCGAGAAGCCGCACCGCUGCGCCGUGUGCGGUCGCCGCUUCGGCCACCGCUCCAACCUGGCGGAGCAUGCGCGCACGCACACGGGCGAGCGGCCCUACCCGUGCGCCGAGUGCGGCCGGCGCUUCCGUCUCAGUUCGCACUUCAUCCGCCACCGUCGCGCGCACAUGAGACGCAGGCUCUAUAUCUGCGCCGGCUGUGGCCGGGACUUCAAGCUACCCCCUGGCGCCACGGCCGCCACUGCCACUGAGCGCUGCCCAGAGUGCGAGGGCAGCUGAGCCGCCUUUCUUGUCGCUGUGGGGCUGCGAGCGUCCGGCUUGGGGGGGCGGACACGCUGGGACCCCUCACCUGGGGCUACAUUAACCAGGACCUCCCCGGCUCACGACCCGGGGCUGGGAAAGGGUGGGAUGGCAGGCCUGGCUGCCUUGGAACUGGGAGGCAGGGAGAAUCCCCUAACUGGGAACCCUGGAAACAGUGCCCACUCCCCCGCUCACUACAACCCCUUGCCCCGUGUUAGUGAAUAAAGUAUUAUAUCCUCGCCCC